AUGAAGAAGAAGGUGGUGAUCCUGCUCGUGCUGGCGCUGGCGCUGGCAUUCGCCGCGCCAACGCACGCCCAGCUGCAGCUGCUGCCAUGCCCUCCAGAAUGCGGCAAGGACAAGGGCAACACAGAGUGCCCCAACAACCUCUGCUGCAGCGCCGGCGGCCUUUGCGGCCUCGGCAACGCGUACUGCGGCGCCGGCUGCCAGAGCGGCGCCUGCCAACUCACCAGUUGUGGGACCGACCGCCCGUGCCACAACAACCAAUGCUGCAAGAACGAGAAAUGCGGCCUCGGCAGCAAAUACUGUGGCGAGGGCUGCUAUAGCGGCCCAUGCAUAGCAGACCAGAAAUGCAGCAAAGACAACAAAUGCCCUAACAACUUCUGCUGCAACAACAAAGGUUUCUGUGGACUCGGCGACAGGUACUGCAAAGUCGACGCCGAGGUCGGGUGCCAGAGUGGGCCCUGCUACAACAUCGACGACGUCGAUGACGGUAGAUCCUUUCUGGGUAGCAUACUCGACUGUCUCCUACCUUGA